AGUCUCUUUAGUACAGCCGUCGAUAGCGGUUCGUGGAUACAUUAUUUCAAUUCUUCAGUUCUUCUUUGGUUCUGCUUUUGUUCAGAUUUUGCAGUUUUUGUGUAUAUUAUCAUUUUUGUUGAAGACCACAUAAUAUAUAUAUAUAUUUUAAACAAUAAUGGCGGCCAGUAACGGUAAUUCCAAAAUGACCCAACAGGGACCCGCCUUCGAUUCAAAUGCCAUGACGCUGACACGUUUUGUGCUUCAGGAGCAGAGAAAAUUCAAGAAUGCCACCGGAGAUCUGUCCCAGUUGCUGAAUUGCAUUCAGACGGCGAUAAAGGCGACAGCCUCAGCUGUCCGUAAGGCUGGGAUCGCCAAGCUUCAUGGCAUUGCUGGCGAUGUGAAUGUUCAGGGUGAGGAGGUCAAGAAAUUGGAUGUGUUGUCCAAUGAGUUGUUCAUCAAUAUGCUUAAGUCAUCGUACACCACAUGUCUGAUGGUAUCCGAGGAGAACGAGAAUGUUAUCGAGGUGGAAACGGAACGUCAAGGCAAAUACAUAGUCUGCUUCGAUCCAUUGGAUGGUUCAUCUAAUAUCGAUUGCCUGGUAUCCAUAGGCUCCAUAUUCGCCAUCUAUAAGAAGCAAACCGAAGGUGCUCCUACCGUGGCGGAUGCUCUGCAGCCAGGAAAUCAAUUGGUGUCAGCUGGUUAUGCCCUCUAUGGAUCGGCAACAGCCAUUGUUCUGGGCCUUGGUGACUCGGGUGUGAAUGGUUUCACCUAUGAUCCGGCAAUCGGUGAAUUCAUUUUAACCGAACCCAAUAUGCGAGUACCCGAAAAGGGAAAAAUCUACUCGAUCAAUGAGGGAUAUGCCAGCGAUUGGGAGGCUGGAGUUUUUAAUUAUAUUGCUGCCAAAAAGGAUCCCACCAAGGGUAAGCCAUAUGGAGCACGUUAUGUGGGCUCAAUGGUUGCCGAUGUUCAUCGUACUAUCAAAUAUGGCGGAAUUUUCGUUUACCCUGCUACAAAAUCUGCACCAAAUGGCAAACUGCGUCUGCUCUAUGAAUGUAAUCCCAUGGCUUAUUUGAUGAUUCAGGCCGGCGGUUUGGCUAGCGAUGGAAAAAUUAGUAUAUUGGAUAUUGUGCCUAAGAAAAUCCAUGAACGUAGUCCUAUCUUUUUGGGCUCUAAACUAGAUGUAGAGGAGGCACUAAGCUAUUUGAAGUGAUCAUUAUAAUUUCAGAAAUAAAUAAAAAAAAACUCUUUUUACUCACUAAA